GCGGGGUGCAGUGGAGUUGAGUCCGGCUGUCAUCAUUGCGGGGAAAGCCCCUCCCCGCCUCGGUCCUAGGCCGCCGGGCCCCCCGCCACGGCUGCCUCGCGACCCAGGAGUAUGGGGAUUCUAUUCCCGGAGCUGCCCGGACUCCCGCGGCAGCUUGGGCUCCUGCUGCUGCUCCUGGCUGUGCUGUCCCGGGCCGGCUCGGCCCUGUGGAUCCUCGACACCCCGGAGCCAGUCUGCUCGCAGCCGGGUCUAAACUGUACUGUCAAGAAGAGUACCUGCCUGGCUGAGAGUUGGCUCUACCCUCGAAACAAGACACCCUCUGACCCUAGAGAUGUCAACAUCACGCUGGGCUUUGAACACAGCAAAAAUGGAGACCUGUUUCCUGUGGUGCACAUUGAAUGGAAAGUUCGGACAGAUGGCAGCAUCCUGUUUCUUCAGGGCGCUGAGCUUUCGGUACUACAAGUGAGCACCAACGAGCACUUGUGUGUCGAUUUUAUAUUUCUAAACCAACUUCAGCAGCAACUGCGACCGGAUUCGAAGAGGUGGCAAUUCACCUUCAAUAACUUUGUGGUGGAACCUGGCCAAGAAUAUGAGAUAACAGUGCAUCACUUGCCCAAACCAAUGCCUAAUGGAGAUCCAAACCAUGAGUCCGUGACUUUCCAGGUGCCUGACUGCAGAGAUCCCAGAAUGAGAGUGACUACCCCCUGUGUGAGCACAGGAAGCCUGUGGGAGCCUGGCAUCACAGGAGAAAGGCUGAAGAAUAACUCCCUGCUGGUGAGUUUUAACCUGUGGAAUGAAUCGACCACUUAUAAGAUCCUCGUGAAUGGUUUUCCAAACACAGAUAUCGGCAGCUGUUAUGAAGACUUUCAGUUCAUUACCCAGACCAGACAAGAAGAUUUCCACCAUCGGAUAAAUGUCACAUUCCCCUUGCAAAAUAUGAAUGCCUGCUGCCAGUACAGUGUACAGAUCCAGCCGUUCUUUAAUAGUUGUCGGAAUGACUGCCUUAGACACACACUCUCCAUCCCUUGCCCAGUGCUACCACCACCAACACCCACCUGUCCUCCAGAUGAUGUGUCACUGUGGGUUUAUUGGUUUAUCACUGGCAUCUGCAUCCUGCUGGUGGGCUCUGUCAUACUUCUGGCCAUUUGCAUGACUCAGAGGAAGCCUGGGUUGUCCUCUGAUAAACCUGAAAAUGACACCAAACACCCUGAUAUUCCACCCCUAGACAAUCAGUCUCCUCCGCCCUUAAAGCCCCGGAAAGUCUGGAUCAUUUACUCAGCUGAUCACCCCCUCUAUGUGGAUGUGGUAGUCAAGUUUGCCCAGUUCCUCAUCACUGUCUGUGGUACUGAAGUGGCCCUGGACCUGCUAGAGGAGAAGCUGAUUUCAGAGGUGGGAGUCAUGGCUUGGGUGAGUCGACAGAAGCAGGAAAUGGAGGAGAGUAAUUCCAAGAUCCUCAUCCUUUGUUCCCGAGGCACCAGAGCCAAGUGGCAGGCAAUCCUUGGCUGGGAAGAGCCUGCUGUUCAGCUCCGAUAUGACAGGUGGAAACCUGCUGGGGACCUAUUCACAGCUGCCAUGAAUGUGAUCCUUCCAGACUUUAAGAAGCCAGCCUGCUUUGGCAUGUACGUGGUCUGCUACUUUGAUGGCAUCAGUGAUGAGGCUGAUAUCCCUGACCUAUUCAACAUCACCUCUAAAUACCCACUGAUGGAGAAGUUUGAGGAGGUUUAUUUCCGGAUCCAGGAACUAGAGAUGUUUGAGCCAGGUCGAGUGCACAGGGUUAGGGAGAUCACUGAGGAAAACUACCUCCAAAGCCCCAGUGGCUGGCAGCUCAAGGAAGCAGUACAGAGGUUCCAGGAAUUUCAGGUCAAAUACCCCAACUGGUUUGAACAGGAGAAUCUCUGUUUGGAGGAUGAAGACAACUUGUCAUUGUUGAGUGAAGAGAUGAUUGAGGAGUCACCAUUACCACCAGGAGGGAGAAUAAUGAAACAGGUGCCUCUGGUACAGGAGCCUUCUCCUGGGGACCAUUUGGUGGUGGACCUCUUCAUCAAUGAGGAAGAAGGGGUCUCUAGACUAGACACUCAGUUUCUGCCCCAAGGGCCUACUCUCACCCACCAAACAGUAAUCCCCAUAGAAGAGGACCAAUUGAUUUCCAUAGUGGAGCCCUUACAUAGGAAUGGUGAUAGUAAAGCCAGGCGACAGGCAGUGGUAGGUGAAGAUGACAUGGAAUGUGUCCCACUGAUGGAGACCAGUGUUACCCAUAGAAAUAGUGUAUUCCUCCUCCCCAUAGACUCUGAAGCUUCCCCUCUCUCUAGUACUCCAGUUCCUUCCCCCGACUACCUCCCAGCUCCAGUGAGAGAACAGCUAGAGGGCUUAAUGUACUCCCUCUUCCAGCAGAGUCUAAGCAACCCAGGUGAGGAAGAAUGGGAAAGACAGCAACUGAUCUUCAAUGACCCUUAUACAGCCUAUGAGGAAGAACAGAGGCAGUCAGUGGAGUCUGAUCAGGGCUACAUCUCCAGGAGCUCCCCACAGCCUCCCGAUGGGUUUGUGGAAAAGGAGGAGGAGGAGGAGGAAGAGGAGGAAAAGGAAGAGCAGGAUGUAGAGAUAUCUACAGAGUUUCUCUCUCCCAGUGUUUUGGAGAAUCUGAAGAGCCUUCAACAGCAACUGUUACUCCAGGAGAUACAACAGAACUCUAACUGGGGCUGCCUAGAGGGAAGGAGAUUAUCUACAGAAUUGUAGUCAUCCUAGUAAGUGUGUUAUAGGUCUGAAUCAUCAAAGACAGUGAGAAAGAGAAUGCAUACCUAUAAUUCUAUCUUGACUCUAAUGAUGAGAAUCUCAGGAAUAAACUUUCCUGUCUUUUAAAUGUAAGUGUAUUCCUCCUAAAACUACCCCCUUUGUAAACAUGUAUAACUCUUUCCUAGUGACUUAGCACUGAAGUAUCAAUUAAUUUCCAGUGAUGAGCUAUUGUCUGCCCAUGUUAGGGGGAAAAUAUUGAUAGGGAACAGAAAAAAGAAAGAUAUAAAAUACCAAAAGGAGAGGAGUCUAAAACCCUCAGUUCUGUUUCUGGGGUUAAUGUAAAUAUAAAACAAUUAGAUGAUAAGAGAGGGUUCCCUUCUUUUCUGAGUUGCAGUAAGAAGUUUUUCAGAUAAUCACUGGGAUGGACUCCUAGAGUUGCGGUUCCCUGAGAUAAAUUGAGAUCUGAGGCUUCAAAGUGUCCUGCUUAAAGACUUAAAGUCCCUUAAUGACUAAAAGUCCCAAAGCCAAAGAGGUGUGAGAGGCUAAGGAGUGUUUAACAGUACAAAACCACAGACUGACAUGUUAAUUUAAUGAGGAAAACCUUCUGGGGAAAAGUCAUCAUACAGACCUAAGUGUUCAAUGUGUGUUUGAUAUUACCUUCCUUUCAAACCAGAAUGGCACUUUGAGGCUCCAUUGUUGCACUGACCCCUUGGAAUGUACUAGAAUCUUAAACUCAGAGGACAUUAAAGCUUCAAGGUACCAUAAAGAUGAUCUAUUCUAACCUUCAUUUUUUUAGAUAUGGAAAUUGAGACCUAGAUUGCUGAACUACUACUACUACUACUACUCGCUUUCACUCCCCCAUGAGGGUUGAGUCACCAGAGGGUGACUGGUAAAUUUGGUUAUAGGGUUUGUAUUCCUAAUAUCAUAGCUCAAGAGUCCCACCAGUGUGCUUCCCAUUAACAGUCAUCUAAUUCAUUGACCUAAUUCAUUAGCUCUUUGCAACAAUGUUUACUAAUGCGGUAUGAUAAAAUAAUAGAUACAAAUAUUUCUCCCAUAAACUUGAGGUAUACUUUUUCUCAAGUACACAGGAAGAGGUGGGGGUCACAAAUAAAGAGUACAAUGAUGGUGAAACACAUGAGUGGGAUACAGCCGUGGUAAAGGCAAUUCACACUUCCUGGUGUGAAGUUCCUCCCUCAUCUCAGUUUUGUUCCACUCAAUUAUGUAGCAACAAAAGUAAGGUAAAAUCUAGAUGCAAUGGCCCAAAUUUUAUAGCUUCACCUUGGCCACAUCACUCUUCACCUGGAGCUAUGGACAUUGGCUUCUUCCCAAAAAUCUCUCAGCCUGCCAAAGUUUCUGUGCAAGAAGCAUAUAUGUUUCUAUAUUCAUAUAAUUAGGCAGGCUUCUCCACUGCCAGAACCGUAGUGAUGAUAUGCUCUUGGGCUAGAAGCAUAAUUGUGUCCUGUUUAUUUCUUGUCCUCCCUUAUUUUGGUCUAUUUCUUUAUUUAACACCACCACCACCCACAGGACUUUCCAGCUAAAUGUCAAGCAAUACUGAAAAUUCUUUCAGACAGAAUUCUUCCUCAAUCCACAGCACUACCUAAGAAUUAAGGGUGCUACUGAUUUUUCUCUCAGAGUUCUUUGACCCAGGACAUCCCAUAGCCUCUACUAUUGGUCAAAGUCAUCAAAGUUUUAUGAGUCUUUUUGUAUACUUGUACAUUUACUUGUGUAUUAUUUUGAAUGAUGGCAAAUAAACACCUCAAUACUCA